AUGUCGGCCAUCGAUCGCGUCGCCGAGGCUGCCCGCUCUGCGGCAGAUGGCAUCGUGGGACAGUCUGGCGCCAACAGUCAAGCGAACAGUAAUGGUCGGGCAACCAAUGCCAAGCUCGAGCAGCUCAAGCAAUUCGUCGACUAUCCAAAGGAUGGAGAAAACAUUGCCACCACCGAGCAUGGACUUCCUGUAGCCAACAACACCGCCUGGCUGAAGGGCGGUGCUCGUGGUCCCAUGCUGCUUGAAGAUCAAGUCGCCCGAGAAAAGGUUCACCAGUUCGAUCACGAACGCAUCCCUGAGCGUGUCGUGCACGCGCGAGGUGCAGCAGCGCACGGUACCUUUAAGAUCACCAAGCCGCUAGGUAGAAACGUCACGGCUGCCAAUGUCUUGAACGACACCUCCAAAGAGACGCCCGUAUUUUUGCGCUUUAGCACAGUCCAAGGUCCGCGGGGCAGUGCGGAUACGGUGCGCGAUGUUCGCGGCUUUGCCGUCAAGUUCUACACCGACGAGGGAAAUUGGGACAUUGUAGGAAAUGAUAUUCCGAUCUUCUUUGUUGCCGACAGUCACCGCUUCAUCGAUCUCGUCCACGCCGUCAAGCCAGAGCCUCAGCUGGAAGUUCCUACUGGACAAUCCGCUCACCCCACCUUUUGGGACUGGGUCAGCUUGUCGCCAGAGUCUGCGCACAUGAACAUGUGGCAAAUGUCGCCGUACGGUAUUCCAAGAUACUACCACACCAUGCGAGGUCACGGGGUCAACACGUAUCGGCUCGUCGGUGAAGACGGCUCUUCCCGUUAUGUCAAGUUCCACUUUUUCCCCGAGGUCGGUUGCCAAUCCCUCAACUGGGACGAGGCGCUCAAAAUCCAAGGUCAGAACCCAGACUUUCACCGCACGGUUCUUGCCGAAAUGAUCGAUGCUGGCAAAUUUCCUCGCUGGAAAUUUGCAGUUCAGAUCAUGGAGGAGGACGAUGAAGACAUCCACUCUUGGGACCCGCUCGACUCUACCAAGGUGUGGCCCGCUGCAAAGUACCCCUUCAUCGAAGUCGGCGAGUUGGAGCUCAAUGCGAAUCCGACAAAUUACUUUGCAGAGACGGAGAAUGUCGCCUUUUGCACCAGUCACGUUGUCCCUGGAAUCGACUUUUCUGAUGACCCUCUCCUUCAAGGUCGCAACUUUAGCUACUCUGACACGCAGCUGUCGCGCCUCGGCGGACCAAACUGGCAUCAAAUCCCGAUCAAUCGCCCCGUCUGCCCGCUGGCCACCUUCAACAGAGACGGCGCAAUGCCAAUGAAGAUUCCCAAAGGAGCCAACUAUUUCCCAAACAGCGAGGGCAACGCUACCAAUUUCGCACCGACAUUCAACAAAGCCGACACGGUCACCAAGCCUGAAGCGUUGCCUGGACAAAUUUGGCACGACAGCGCAAAGCAACUCGCUCCUGGUGAGAGUCGGCAAGGCUUCUCCUCGUACCCAGAAGACCUUGCGCGUUUGAAUCGCCUGAAAGCGCUCAAGCUGCGCACCAACGGUCCAAAAUUUGCCAACUACUUUGAGCAGGCACAGAUUUUCUGGAACAGCGUUCAGGAUCACGAGCGAGCUUCGAUCAAGGAGGGGGCCAUCUUUGAACUGAGCAAGGUGCCGGAUGAAGGGGUCAGAAAGCGCAUUGUUCACUUGUAUAGGCACAUCAAUCCUGACCUUGCCAAGGCAGUAGCCGACGAGUUUAGGCUAAAUGUGCCUACCGACGCAGCUAUUCCAAUCUCACAAGAGACAUAUCCAGAGCUCAGCCUGCACUAUGAGAACAUUCACACCAUUAGGCAGAAGCGCAUCGCAAUCAUCAAGCUGGACGGCACGCCCGAAUCUGAAAUCGAGACGAUCAAGAAGCGCUUCGAGUCGGGCGACGCACUCGUCUUUAUCAUCGACCACCGCGGCUUGGAUGCGAUGAGGAGCACUCUGUUCGACGCCACCUUUUUGCCACUGACCAACGAGCAGUCUUACAGGGUUGCGCGGUCCCACGGUCGCGUCAAGCACUGGAUCCGCGAGUCGACUGGCCACCUCAAGCCUCUCUUGAUCAAUGGUUCUUACGGUCUAAGUCUCGUCAAGCAAGUCAUCACAAACGAGGCCGAAGGCAUCGAGGCAGCCGUUGGGGACGACAUUGUCAGCUCUUUCGGAGUGGUCACCAGCGCUGCCGACGCGGCUUCGAGUCAGAAACUGGUAGACGCAUUCGUCGAAGCAGUAGCUCACGGUCGCCACUACGCCAGACCCGGCGUUGCUUCGCUCGCCUUCUGA